CCCAAAUAUUUAAAUACUGCCAAUGACUACCAGCAACUAUUUGACUACCAGCACUCUUCAAAAUAUCAUCUCCUGUAAAAGAAACUUAUACAUGCUGAGGCAAGUUAUACGUCUUGCAUGGUUGGAACAACUUGACGUUGAGUAAAUGAUGACAGAACUAUCCCUUUAAUAAAACACGCAAAUGGUUUCAUGUCAUCACAUCACAUCUGUACUAUGACUUUUGCUUGUGUUUGCAAUCAAUGAAGUGGGCCUAAUUGCCAACAACCUGCUGAUGUGAAGUAGUUUUGGCACAUCGCUGGUGCAAUGCAACUGCUUUGACAGAAAAGACAGUAGAAGUAAAAUGUGUCUAAUGCUAUAAGAGGAAGGCCACAGCACCCUACCCCCAAUCUCACAAAAUUAAUUUCUGAGUAUUUCUCUAAAUAGUCAGGAUAAAAAUGUAAGUGUCUGAACAAGAUGUCAUAUGACCACAGUGAUGCAUUAUUAAAUUGAAACCCAAAAAGCAGAACUUCAGAGCAGUCUAGUCUACUUGAAACAAAAGUUUCCACACUUAACUCUAGCAGACUGAAUGCAGCAUGUCUAACUCUGGCAACAUGAACAUUUCUGAUAAACAUGGGAUGGAAAGAGAAUAUGAAGAGAUGGAUAUAAAGAGCAGUAAUGUCAAUGCAGAAAGAGAGUACAUGAACAACAAGAGAUACCAAACACCUCGAAAUACAGUGAGGAUAAGAAACUACAGAGCAUCUGUGGUGUGUCUGGUUCUGCUGUGUGUUCUUCUGCUGACUGCAGUCAUAGUGCUGUGUGUCCACAGCCAUACAAACAAAGACCUGACAAAGGAGACACAUCUGCUUGAUGGAUGGAUUUACUAUCAAUCCAGUAUUUACUUCAUUUCCUCUAAAAUAAAGAGCUGGUCUGAGAGCAGAAGAUACUGUACAGAGAAAGGAGCAGAUCUGAUCAUCAUAAACAACAGAGAGGAACAAGAUUUUGUGAAGAAAAUAUCUGCUGAUGCUAAAGUCUGGAUUGGUCUGACUGACAGUGAUGUUGAGGGCACAUGGAAAUGGGUUGAUGGCAGCACACUGACCUCUGGGUUCUGGGAUCCUCGGGAACCCAAUGGACAUAUAAGAGAGGACUGUACUCUAAAUGAUUCAUCAGGAUGGGCUGAUUAUCCAUGUAGUGACAAUUAUAAAUGGAUCUGCGAGAAGAGCCUUGCAUUGUAUUCGAUGCACUGAAAAUACAUGAAGUACAGACUGAAUGUAGUGUCGCACUGCUUUAUGGCCAGAUGAGACAAAAAUAUGCAGACAUACAUAUAAGCAGGCUGCAGGCGGUUGGUUUAUUUAUUUUUGGC